UGUACGGUCUAAGGAUGGCGCGGACCUGGUGGAAAUAUGCUUCAAGAUUUUUUUUAAUCGCUGUCUACAAGCAAGUUGAAAGUUGCUAAUUGACUGCAAAUUAUAUUUUAUGAGCACGAUAGCAUGGGUGUCACAUCCUGAACUCCGUUGUACAGUGUUUGGUCCAUCUUACUGUUUUAUAUCCGCCUGUUGUCGUUUGCUCACUACCAGAUAUACAGUUGACUGAAAAUGGAUUUUAUGGAUGAACUUGGUGGAGAUCAUAUUGAUCAGCCCUCAGGUAAAUCUCUGCAUUACAAUGAGGACUCGGUGGACAUUUACUUUGGCUUGGAGAACAGCCCUAAGGGUGAUGGACACAGAGGUGAAGUCAACCCGUUAAUUUCCCCACGGACAAUGGAAUCAAUGGAUAUAUAUGAGGAACUUAUCAGGGAAGAACAAGAAGAAAAGCAGGCAACAUACAAUGAGUUAAAGCAAAAAUUUGAUGAUGCACAAAAACAAGUUAAUGAACUGCUCUCAAAGUUACAGCUACUGGAGACAAAGAAUUCAAGUUUGAGCAGUGAAAACGUACUUCUGAAGAAGAACAUUUGUUCUCUCGUCAAGACUGCUAGAAUGGAGAUUGUGCGUAAGGAUGAGGAGAUUAGCAGACUCAGCAAUAGGUCCAGUCGAGGAAGUUAUGCUCAAAAUUUCCGUCGAUCUCAAAUGGAAAAUGGUCCAGCAAACUCAAGGCACAGUUUGAACAAUCCUUCAAGUUCUGUUUUAGGAUUACAAGGUGAUAGACAAGAUAAUACUAUGACUGAAUUAAAUCAACACAAGGGCAGAAACACUGUGUCGGAUCACCCUGCAUAUCCGCCAACUGCAGCACCACAACCAUUUGAGGUGCUCCAGAGAUGCCCAAGAACUGAUAUUGAAAGUCCUCUGAACUGUCAGAACAGAUCUGCUGAGACCCUGACUGUCCAACCAGAGCAAGACUACGGACUUUACAGAACAUCAGGGAUUAUAAAAAAUCCCUCCACAGUUGCAGAUGUCUUGAAUGCUCCCAAAACGAAUAACUCUGGACCGAGAGCUCCCGAUACAAGUACUGAUUGUCGAUUCAGUAGCUUAAAGGGAAACAAGAACCCUCCCUCAAAACAUAUAGGCAGUCUAGAAAAAACACAGAAUUGCACAAUCACUGAAAAAGAGCUUGCAAAAGAUAGUUCUGGGUCUAAUGAAAACAGAAAUCAGCAGCCUGAGGUUACAGUCGUUCGUACUAGUUCAGAACACUUGAUAAGCCCUUCCUCCCUGUCUCACAAAGCCUUGCCACCUGUCUCUUCACAGCCAUCCAAAAGUUCAGUUAAGACGGCUGCAGAUGUGGAGAGUGAGACACAGAGUCAAGGACACAUGCAUAAUCAAAAUGCAGAAAAAAAUAGCAGAGACGCUAGACACUCUGGCUUGAGAAGUACAGAUUGUACUGUGGUGGAUGAAGAAAGCCAUUCCCAAAACCACAAAUGUAAGAAAACAGAUUCAAGUAGCCAUAGAAGGAAUGAGAAUAAAAGUUCCAGUACAACGAGGAGGAGCAGCAGAAUGGAAAGAAGCAAAGACCAUGAACAAAAGAGGCCAAAGGAGAGUGAGAGGAGUAAAAGAGGUGAGGGUAACAGCUGCAGUAGUAGUAGAGAGAGAAGCAGUAACAUAUCAGACAAUAGCAAAGAGUAUUCGCGAAGGAGUACAAAGGAGAUGGCUAAUAAAGAUGAAGAUAAAAGAUCUAAGAAACAAGUUGAUGUCUUUGACAGUAGGCAAGCCUUUUCUUCUCCCAAACUUGAUUCUCAAAGAAAGGAUGUUAAUAAGGGGAAAUCAUCGAGGAGAAUCGAUGAGCCAUCAACAAAAAGCAAACGUUCUCAUUGCUAUGAUAAUUCUAGAAUGGAGGAUUUGAAAUUCCCAGACAAAAAUGGAAGUACUGGAAAGAACGGUUUUGAAGAGAAGGAUAUAGUCAAGGACAGAGAAAGAAAAAGAGGUGGACAUUUGAAGGAGCAUGGGGUGCAGAAGCAUGGAGAAUCAAAACAUUUUCUUACCAAAGAUGACAGAAAGAACUCUUGUAAAAAACACAAAAAUCCCAGAAAAGAUCAAGAUAGUAAGACUCAAAAGGACAAACAUACUGAAAAGGACAAACGUACUGAAAAGGACAAACAUCUUGAAUCUGUUCAAGCAGAGUUACCAUCAGUGGUAGCUGUCAGCAUAGACCCCUGCCAAACAUCCAAGGAUAAUAGUCCAGACAGAAAACUGAGUUUCAUGGAGACGUUGAACCUCACCCUAUCGCCUCUUAAAAAACAGAAGCAGUCCUCUGAAUCCACAGAAGCCAUUGAAGCAGCAUCUGAAGAUGCCUCCUCAUAUAACAGCAGAUUAUCCAACGCUGGGGAGGAAUUCUAUGUCAUCGAUGAAUUAAAGAACAGCCAGCAGAGCGAUGAGGACAUGGAAAAGACCCCUGAGGCCACGACUGCAGGUGAAAAAGAAGACUUUACCAGUUCUUUCAAACAGUCUAGACAAGUUGUUGAUCUCUUCACAGCUGUAGCCUCUGAGAAGCCGUCAGCAGAACAAACAGAUAUGGAGGUACAAGAAGAGAAUGCCACCGAAAGUCAAGAGGCUGUGGACAAAGUGCCAUGGCUUGUUAACACCUCAGAGGAGAAAAGAGGCAAGACUUCAGAUUCCAAUGUGUUAGACAAAGACUUGUUAUCAAAAUUAACCCCUACGAGAGCGUCUCCAAAUCAUGUCUGUGAGAAUGACACAGAAGACUCUUUGGGAAUUAUUAAUAAUGCCAUUGUCUCUAUCACUUUGCCCUCUAAAAUAUCAGAAGUGGUAGUUUCAGAUAAUACUCCUGAUUCAAUAGUUGAUGGUUGUCAGCAACAAGAUCAUUUUGCCACUUUGUCUGAGGAGACUUCUCACAUGGAAAUCCAAAGGAAUCCUCAGGCCAACUCUCAAGAUUUAUUACCAGCAUCAAAAGAGAUUUGUCAAGAUGAUGUUUCAUGCUCUGAGAAGGCACAAAGUAUUCCUAAUAUUAAUUAUUCUGGGAGAUCUGUCAACGUGGAAGUUUCGUCUAGUACAAUUAGUGUAGAUCAAGGUGACCCGAGCAAAGUUAUUUGUGAUGUUGAGCAAGUGGGCACUUCAAAAGAGGACAAUAAGAGAGCAGAGGAAACAUUUGAAUAUUCAAAAUCAAUUAAAACACAGCACACAUCUGAAAAUUUGAAAAUAUCUGAAAAAUCCCAUCAAAGUCCAUUAUGGAGUCAGAACACGAUGGCUCCAAAUAAUAGCACCACUGUGGAAGAGGAUAUCAUGCCAUCAUCACAACCUGGUUUCUUAGAGCCAGAUUCCACAGAAAAAGAAGAACAGGACACAAAGUCAUUGAACCCUGUUGUGUUUUGCCACGAUGAAGACUCCAUGAUGCUUACCCUGAGGAACAUCAGAGUUAUUCCAGAGCCCAUCAGCCCUCUCACAAGCCCAGUCCGUCAGGUGAAAAAAGUGCAACCUCAGCCUGCUGAGAAGCAACCUCAUGUCAAAAGUCUUCACAAAGAUCUAUCAACUGUAACAACUGGCAGUGAUAAGGAUGAAGUAAAUAUGGACAUGAACAAGGAGAAUAAAUCACCUGACUCUUCUGUCACAGCUUCUUCCUACAAAGGGACAAAAGAUACUCUCUCGGCUUCUGGAACUGAGGAAGAUGAGCUGGAGGAUGGUGAGAUAGUGAGUGAGAGUGAAGAAGAAGGACCUCUGUUUAUACAGACUCCUCCAAGAGAAAAGGAAAAACCAACCUCAGGGACUCCAAGUCCAAAGAUAUCUGCAGUUCGGAAAAGAGUGUCCCAAAAGAAAACUUGCGCCCCUGCUAAAUAUUCAGAGCAAAGCAAGUUUUCAAGGUCGUCUGCUUCUAAGGACAGUCCCACCUCUAGUAAGAGACGCUUUAAAACUGUUAGCCCACCAUUCAAAGCAGCGGUCUAUACGCUAGAUGGAUUUAUGGACAUGUUGGGAUCUAUUCGAGUUGAGUUGAGGAAAAAGUACAUGAAGCUUCAGAAAAAUGUCACUAAGACUGCCUUCUGCUGUAUAGUGGAAAUGUCUCAUGCCUCUUUUACAGAAUUUAUCAAUGCGGUUGACAUGGAUAAAUUGUGCUGCCAAGGUAAUGACAUCAAAGUUAGACUAAAUAAGAUUAUUUCGUCAAUAAUGAGCAAGGUCAGCAAGAAUGGCAUCGUCAAUCGUAUCUUUGAGCAGAGAGCUGGAGACCUCAAGCAAAAGUUGUGGACAUUUGUGGAUGGGCAGUUUGAUUUCUUGUUCAAGGAACUGAAGAUGGCACUCAAAAGUGAGUCUGAGCCUUCCAAGAAUAUAUCAAAUGAAAAUAAAAAUGCAACCCUUAAAAGAAAAGAGGAUGAGAGUGAGGUGCUAGGAAAAGUACCAUGUAGCACACCUGGGCAUCUUUACCUUGCCAAGAAGUCGAAAGUUGACACAGGAAGUUUCGUCAGAGAGGCCCCUGCAAAUAAUCUGCCUCGCAGGGGCCUUGGGAGCCGAGGUAAAAACAUUAAAGCUGUCAUGAAUGAAGACGAUCAGCCGGCAAAGGUGACGACAUCACAACAGCUUCCUACUUCAUCCUCUGAAAGGUCUUUCCAAAAAGGUACCUCAGAAUCUGACAAUAGAAUCUCUUCCUAUGUCCGACGUCUCUCCCAUAAUGGAUCGAUUCAGGAUAAGUCAGACUUUGAAAUUCUAACUGAGCAGCAGACAUCAAGCUUAACCUUCAACUUGGUCUCUGACUCUCAAAUGGGAGAGAUAUUCAAAUGUCUUUUGCAAGGUUCUGAUUUGCUCGAAUCCAGUGUACCUGUUGGUGACAAUACAAGUUGGCCACUCAGCACACCUCGAAAAGAUGGGCUUCCAGGAGAUAGUUUGAUUGGGAUUAUGACCCCUAACAAGACAACCCCAUCUAAAUUAAUCACAUCCUGGUCUUCCAUUUCCCCCUACAAGUUUGCUUCAAACAGCAAAAUGCUGUUAGACCCAGCAAUUCUCGAUGAGAGCUGCUUGUUAGAAGUUCCCUCUAAUUCUGAACCAUGCCAGCUUCCUGUUCAGUCAACCGUAAUCUCUCAAAGGUCCUUCUCCAUCUUGGCGGAAGAUCUAGCUGUCUCCCUUACCAUUCCCUCACCAUUAAAGUCUGAUAGCCACUUGAGUUUUUUGCACCCUGGAACUGGACAGCCAUUAUCUGUCCCAGAGAGUGUCCUCAGUGCCCAUUAUAGUGAAGACGCUCUUCUUGAUGGAGAAGAUGCCACUGAACAGGACAUCCACCUUUCUCUUGACACUGACAACUCCAGUAGUGGGUCGAGUCCCAUCAGGACAUGGGAGGGCUCUGAUCCAUCGGGUUUCCAAUUCCAACCUAAUUUACAAAUGCAGGCUGUGGUAAUGGAGAGGUCAAAUGAUCAUUUCAUCGUGCGAAUAAGACGGACAUCUACUGGCCCAAUUGAAAGUAAACAAAAUGAAGGGAAAGCAGUACCAGCAUUACCUGAAUGUUUAGAGCCAUCUCUCAACCCUAAUCUUGCUCUGACCCAUGACGACUUGGGUCCUGAACCUGGAGAGAUGUUGAACAAAAGCCCCACCAAGGUAAUAGAGUCAUGUCACAUUGAAGAUAAAGCAAGAGAAGCUCAACAGUCUAGCCAAAAAUCCUCACCUGAAGGUGCUUGUGAUGACAACUUGUCCAGGAGCAAUACUGCGCCUGUUUCCAUAGAAGCUUUCGUUACUGCUCCUGAGGAAAGCAGUGCAACAGAGGCUGAAACCACAGAGAUGAUGUCAGGAAAUGUAAAGAACACAACUCAGAGCCCAAGUGCACCAGAGUCUAAAUCCAAGAGGGUGUCAAAGAAACGCAAGGAGCACCAAUCGGAACACCAAUCGGAGCCAAAGGCAAAGCGCCAAAAGGUCGAAGAAUUUCAAGAUAAACAUUCCAAGUCCAGGCAUAAGAAAAGGUCAAAAUCCUCCAAAGAAAAAGGCGUAAAAACUGCAAUGCCCCAGGUGUCCCCUAGCAGCCUGUCUGCUAAGAAUGUGAUCAGGAAGAAAGGGGAAGUGGUGGUGGCAUGGACCAGGGAUGAAGAUCGAGACAUACUCAUCGAGCUUAAAAUGAAGGGGACUUCACCCAAGACAUUUGCUGCUCUGUCGAAAAGGUUGAAGAAGUCAACAGAGCAGGUUGAGGAGCGAUUCUCUCAAUUGAUGAAGCUAUUCAAGAAGAAAGAGAAAAUGGAGAAUUGAUCGAACUAGAAUAAAAUUGAACAGACUUUACAAAGAAGUCUAUGGAGAUUUCAAUGCGUGCGUCAGCAUCCAACAGCAGAAAUAUAACACACUGAAUAUGAAAAUCAGUGUAUUAUAUGUGUUAAUGUUGCCCAUCUGUUUGAAAAAGCACUUACAGUUGUAACUCACCAAAAGAUCUGCAGUAAAUGGUAUACAGUUAUUUUUCUUUAGUUACAUUCAGUGUUCUAAAAGUCAUAAUUCCUGCAAACCAGACACCAAUCAGGCAACAUUUUAGAGUCUAUUAACUAGAGAAACAUUUGCAGUGUGGACUACUCUGAAAUUUACAUUAAUCUGUGUCCAGGACAUAAACAGACACCACAAAGUAGAUAAAUGACGGUUCAUGGUAUUUUCAGUGCUUAAAGCCCUGUAUGAUGCCUCAGAAUUUGUUUUUCAUUAUUUUGGCAAGUUGGUCAUUGCAGUACUAUGGUACUACAGUUGUCGUGUUUUUAUGCAAUUAAAUGAACAAAAAAGUAUUUAAAGGACAUUGUAAGUUGAUUUUUGGGAUAUUUGCAAUGCUUUUUAAACCUACCUCUGAACUACAAAUGUUUUUUAAAUCUUUAACCUAAAUGCUUAUAGGCCUCAAGUUUUGAUCUCUUGGAUUUUCCUUUUGGUUAUGUGAAUGAGGUGGGUGUAGGUGUAACUUUGCUCUAAAUGUAGAGAUGGAAAAGAGUAAUAUUAGUAUUUUAACUGCAAUUGUCAAGAUUUCAAUUUUCAAUCUUUGUUCCAUUAGUCAUCCUGAAAGAUUUGAUAUUUUCAAUUAAUAUUUUCUAGGUGUUGAAUGAGGGGAGUAUUCCCUUCUGUAUAUAUUUGUAAAGUUGGAUUGAACAAAGAGUUUUCUAUGAUCUUUUUCUUUUUUCUUUAACAAUUUUUAUUUUUUUCUCAAAGAGAGAGAAACCUAAAUGUGGGGAAAAUACUUUGUAUGUUGUUUGGAAAUAAAUUUUGUAAAUAUUUUGUAAGUUCUGACAAAUCUUGAAAUAAAUCUUAUUUAUGAAAUCUUA